AUGCCGGCUGUCGUGGACAUUGAUGAGCUACAAGUGGAGGAAGAGGAAGAAGGUGAGAAGAAAGUGGCCAAGGAAGGAGAUAUAGAAAAUAAGAACGUGGUUGUCGAGCGUUUAAAAUCUAGGUUUCUAAAUUUUUACUGGUACCGACUGGCUGAAAAGGAGGCAGUCCUGAAUAUUUUCCCCAAUUCAGAAAAGAGCAGUGGUGAUGUGGUUGUUGAUGGUGAUGCAAGUUCCGUCAGCAAAGUGUCACUUGAAGACGAUUGUGUUUUAGAAACAGCAUUUAGCAGAUCCCAACUGUUCACAUCAAACAGGGAUGUCAAGGCUCAUGCUACUCACGAAAACCAGUUAAGUAAUAUUAAGGUGGCAAUUGCAAGCACAUUUAUGCAUAAGAAACUCACUGUCACUCAAUUGAUUGACGAAUUUGUGCAUAGCUUAUUUCUGAUAGUUGAACCAUGGGUUUUCAAGAACAGUGUUUUUGCAGGUGAAAACUCCUUCAAAACACAUCUAAUAAUUUUUGUGCUUGUCAUUAAAUCAGCUGAUUUAAAACACGCAGAAAAAAAAAUGCGGUAUAAACGAAUUUCACUUUAA